AUGUUGUUCCGCCAAGUCUGUAUCGCUUUGGCGAUCGCGACUCUCUCCACCGCGGUGCCAGCCCCGGUGAAGCAUGUCUUGCAUGAAAAGCGGAAUCUGCAUGUCGACUGGGUGAAGGGCGAACGGGUGAAGCGUGAUUCUGUGCUGCCUGUCCGGAUUGGUUUGACCCAGUCCAACCUAGACAAGGGCGAUGAGUAUCUAAUGGCAGUCUCCGAUCCUGCCUCACCUCAAUAUGGAAAAUACUGGUCAGCAGAGCAAGUGCAUGAUCUUUUUGCGCCCUCAAAAGAAGCCGUUGACACCGUUCGUCGCUGGCUUGAAUCUUCUGGGAUUCACGAGUCCCGUGUCGUGCACUCGGAUAAUAAAGGAUGGCUUGCGUUUGAUGCCUACGCCCACGAGGUGGAGAGGUUGUUCAUGGCUGAGUUCUAUGAGCAUCAACAUACCAGUACUUCCAGCUUGAAAAUUGGUUGCGAUGAGUAUCAUGUCCCAGAGCAUAUCCAGGGACACAUUGACUACAUCACUCCUGGAGUGAAGCUCAGUCCCAUAGUGAAGAAGAGCUCGCUGGCAAAGCGAGUGUCUCAUCUUGCUCAUUCCAAGGAAGCUGAUACUGUCGCCGAAGCAAAGAUUAUUCCUGCCGAGGCAAUGUCCCUUCCCUCUGACUUGCAAUCUUGUGGAUCACAGAUGACCCCGGCCUGUAUCAAGGCCUUGUAUCGUAUUCCCGACGCUACCAAGGCUAGCAAGGGUAACUCGCUUGGCCUUUACGAGCAAGGAGACUACUUUGCAAAGUCGGAUAUAGAUCUCUUCUACAAGGAUUAUGCACCACACAUCCCACAGGGAACAUAUCCUAUCCCGGCAUUGAUUGAUGGUGCGAAUUUCUCCGUGCCUGCUUAUAGUGCACUCAACGGUGGUGAAUCCAACAUCGACAUUGACAUGGCUUAUGCCUUGAUCUAUCCUCAAUCCGUGACUUUGUAUCAGGUCGAUGACCAGAUAUAUGAACCAAUUGAGGUUGAAACCACCAACUUAUUCAAUACUUUCCUCGAUGCACUCGACGGCUCAUACUGCACCUACAGUGCUUUCGGAGAAACUGGCAACAACCCGAACAUCGACCCGGUCUACCCUAACCCUCAUCCCGAUGGAUACAAAGGCAAGCUCCAAUGCGGCGUCUACAAGCCCACAAACGUUAUCAGCGCCUCCUACGGCCAAGCCGAAGCCGACCUCCCAAUCGCCUACACAAAGCGGCAAUGCAACGAAUUCCUCAAGCUCGGUCUACAAGGCCACUCGAUACUUUUCGCCUCCGGCGACUACGGAGUCGCCUCGUUCCACGGCGACAGCGGCUCCGAGAACGGAUGCCUAGGUCCAGAAGGCAAGAUCUUCAACCCUCAAUACCCAUCAAACUGUCCCUACGUCACCUCCGUCGGAGGCACGAUGCUCUACAAGGAUCAAACCAUCAAGAAUAAAGAGAGUGUGAUGCAUGCCGAUUUGGGCGGCACAGCCGCGAACUUCAGCAGCUCCGGCGGCUUCUCGAACUACUUCCCACAGCCUUCAUAUCAGAAAUCUGCCGUGGAGAAAUAUUUCAAGAAGGCUAAAUUGACGUACCCGUAUUACUCGGAGCUGAACGUUGACCUCAAUACCACGAAGGGGCUUUACAACCGCGUUGGCCGUGCCUAUCCUGAUGUCUCGGCGAACGGCGCAAUGUUCCCAGCUUAUAUUCACGGAUCGCUGAGUCACUUUUACGGUGCUAGUUUGGCAUCUCCCUUAUUCGCAUCUGUUCUUAGCUUGAUCAAUGAGGAGCGCCUAGCGGUGGGUAAGAGUCCUGUUGGCUUCGUGAAUCCAGUGCUUUACGCCAAUCCGGAUGUUCUCCACGAUAUCACCAAUGGUACAAAUGUUGGAUGUGGCUCAGAUGGCUUCCGGGCGAUCGCAGGGUGGGAUCCGGCUACUGGUUUGGGCACGCCAAACUAUCCCAAGUUGAAGAAAUUGUUCUUGUCUCUUCCUUGA